AUGGAUAUUGUCUCUGCGAGCUCUAGCAGAAGAUCAAACAGAGUGGACUCAAGUGUGUUCAAGGACGGUUCACCUCAUCGAAGAUGGGAUAAGCCCCGAGAUGAUUGCCUUAGAGUACUAGAGGAAACAUUCGAAGAAGACAUCCGAGGAAUCAACAUGAACCGACAGCCGGAAGAAUUGGACAAGAAACUAGGGUUGCCAGGGACACAGAAGUUUGCUUCUGCGCCUCUGGAAUCCACUCUGGACGAUGCCAGAUAG